UUAAUUUAACUUGAUUUUGUGUGUGUGUGUGUUUUCUGGAGAUACAUUUAUAAAAGUAAAUCAAUAUAAAGAUGAAAUUAGAGAAAUAUCCGGUAUACAAAACUCUCUAAUCAAUCAUAAUGUGUUAAUUUGCUCACAAACAGCCUUUCGUCAAAAUGUCUUUAUUUUAAAACGCUUAGGGUAUCUUUAAUGUAAAUGCGAUUUUAUUUUUUAUUAAUCUUCAGUGAAAUAAACCCGGCUGUGAUUUUACACACUUUAAAGUGAUUUAAAACUUUUCUAAAGAUGACCCACGCCGGAUCUUUUCACGGUGAAACACUGGAUCCGCUCCGGGUAAUGCGCGCUCCCGCUCCUACUCGGGCUAAGCUAGGCUAGUUCAAAUCUCCCCCCGCUAACCGUCAGCGCUCCCGGUAUCACUGCUCCCAUUAAUGUCGUCCUUCAUCCCCGCGGAGCGUUUCCUCUUCGUGUAUACACAGCGUCCAUAAAUCAGUAUUUAUUCGGUGUAAUCGAUCGAUCGAUCCGGUUGGUUUGAUCCCCCGAGUGUCUGCACUGACUCAAACCUCACAGCCAAAAUGGCGGACAGCGAGGGUGACAGAACAAUAACAGCCCCGGAGUCGUCGGGGGCCGCGGAUCAGCCCCCCGCCGCCCUGAGCGCCCAGCCUGGGGACUGCUCACCAGCAACCCCCGCUGCUCACAGCAGCAAGCCCGGGGAGAACGUAGCGGCGGCCGGCAACCAGAGCGGCAAUCUGAAGCCCGUGUCCGGCGCGGAGGGCGACCAGCCGGGCCACAGUGUACCGGUGGGGUCCGGGGCUCAGCUGGCGGAGCUACUGCCGAGCCAGCCGGAGGAGCAGAGCAUCCUGGUGGCCACGGAGUUCACUGACCUGGCCAACACCACCAUCCUGUACGUGCAGCCAGACGGCAGCCUGGUGGAGAGCUCCGGGCUGACGGCAGAGGAGCAGCAGGCGCUGCUGGAGCAGCUCACCAAGCAGCAGGUGGUCCAGGUUUCCGACACCGAGGCGGCUCAGCUGCUCCAGCAGGGCCAGUUGAUCAAACCGGCUCACAGCGCAGCUCUGGAUCCGAGUCAGCUGCAGCAGGUCAUCAACCAGGUCACCAAGUCCCAGCAGCAGCAGGUCCAGGUCCAGGUGUCACAGCAGCAGGUCCCCCAGCGGAACCUGAAGACCCCGAACAACGCCUCCCAGCAGCUGAAGAGCGUGGCCCAGCAGGUGGCCAUGCAGACGGGAAGCUCGAUCCCCUUGGUCCAGAAAAAGUCGGAGCCCGUUAGGAUCCAGAUCCAGGUGCCUCCCAAACAGGAAGUGAAGCCUAGCUCCGCCACCCAGCAGAAGGCGGUCACUCAGCCGCAAGUGAAGCUGUCAGCCAAUGGCAGCGUGAGCAGCACUCAGAUUAUCCACAUCCAGCCCGUGGUUGGUCAGGAGGGUCAGCAGUUCUUCCUGCAGCAGAAUCCUGGAGACCCGCCCAUCCAGCUGCUGCUACAGAGCCCCGCCCCCGUGGUCGGCUCACUGCUACCAUUGGUCCACAAGCUAACAGGCCAGACGGCAUCAGUUGCCUCCAGCGCAGCUCAGAAACCCACGGCAACACCAAUCAGAGUGUCCAUGGCACCCACUGUUAAGACCCCAAUCCCUUCAAUAAUUAAGACUCCACCCACUACUGCGGCUAAAACUGUUAACUUUCCAUUAAUUAAAACACCUGCUAACGGCACGAUGGCUGCUGCCCGUAAAAGUCUCAUUAAACCACCUGUCACAGUCACGGCAGUCCCAGUACAGACCGCCGCGCCUGCUGCACAACCUGUCACGGUGGCCACGCCCUCUGCAGCCCCACCCCCUCCCACUAAGGACAGAAGUGAGCAAAAAGAGAAGGAGAAGAAGGCAAAGAAGAGGGAGAAAAAAGCAAUGAAGGUCCAAACCCGGUCCGGGCGGGUCUCCAGACCACCGAAGUACAAAGCCAAAGACUACAAGUUCAUAAAGACAGAGGACCUCGCCGAAAGUCACCAGUCCGACUCAGACGACUACUCUGACAUGAGCGUGGAGGAGGAGGAUGGCGAGGGCACCAGGAAGGAUGGUGCCACGCCCGGCAGCUCCCUCACCUACAGCCACAAGUCUCGGUCCCACCGCUGCCAGACCUGCGACAAGGCCUACAUCGGUGCUGGCGGCCUGAACCGCCACUACAAACUGAACCCGACCCACGGGGAGCCAGAGCCACCCGGCGACCCACCAGGGAACACACCGCACCCCCUUCCAGACAACAGCCAAUCAGAGGAAACGGCAACAGCCGUCAAUGAGGAGGAGGAGGAGAAAAAUAAGGAUGACAAACCUGCUGCCACGGCAACAAAUAAAGUGGAGGGGGGUCCAGCAGCAGCUGUAGGACUCAGAGGCCUCCAUCAUCGGGGCCCCGGCCGUCCCGAGGACGAGGGCGAGGCAGGGGUCGGGGACGAGGGCGGGGACGGUCACUGGGACCGCCUCCUAAGGUGACUGUGGGCCUCAUGAGUAGGAGAGGUCGUCGUGGUCGACCUCCAAAGUUGGGUGUUACCAUGGUAACAGCAGAGCAGCAGGUAGAGAGAAGACGAGAGCGUCUAGAGGAGGUGGUGGAGCAGUGCAA